CAGGUUGGCUGCCCUGCUUGGUGUCCGCCUCCACUGCAAGGUCUUCUGCCCGUCUUUUAGAAGGCUCUUCCGUUUUUGUAUUUCUUUCUGAGGCAAUCCACGAGAAAUAUGGUGGCCACUACAGCCGCGAAGGCCCCCGCCGGCAAGAAGCCCAGGGACAGGGGUCAGAAGGAGCUGAGCCCUGGCGUCUACCGUUUCUCCAGGAGUGUUAUGUACACCAGGAAGGGUGUUGGCAAAUUUGUCAAGAAGACUACCCCUAAAACUGUUAAGCCCAAGAAGGCUCUCACUGUUGUGAAGCCCAUUGGUGGUGACAAGAACGGAGGCUCCCGAGUGGUCUUGCUGAAGAAGAGGCCCAACUACUACCCCACAGCUGCUGCUAUCCGUAAGAACUAUUUCAAGUCAAAGAAGCAGCACAAGGUGUACACCAGGCCAUCACUUACCCCUGGCACCAUCUGCAUCGUUCUGGCUGGCCGUCAUGCUGGCAAGCGUGUUGUUCUCCUGAAGGUUUUGAAGAGUGGUCUUGCUCUUGUCAAUGGACCCUUCCACAUUAACGGAUGCCCUCUGCGCCGAGUGCACCCGAACUUCCUCAUUGCCACAAGCACCGAGCUCGACAUCUCCACUCUUCAGGUGCCUGAAAAGCUCAAUGAUGACUAUUUCAAGCGCAAGCGUGAAAAGAGGGCAAAGAAGGAAGAAGGUGAAAUCUUUGCCAAGAAGGCCGAGAAAUACACUCCCUCUGAGGAAAGGAAGAAGGAUCAGGAAGCUAUUGACAAGCAGAUGCUCCAGAUUCUGAAGAAGCACCCUGAAAGGAAAGUGAUGGCUAACUACCUGAGGACAAUGUUCGGGCUUAAAACAAGCCAGUACCCUCACAGAAUGAAGUUCUAGAGCCUUAAUGUAUACUCCACAAUAAAUUUACCAAAAAAAUCUA